GAUGCGGCCGCGCUGACCGCCCGCCCGCCCGCCCGCGCCCCGCGCCCGCCCCGCAGCCGAGCAGGCCAGGCGGCCCGGACCCGCAGCCGCCCCCGCCGGGCGCCGCCAGCUGGGUUCAUGUUCGGGAUCCAGGAGAGCAUCCCGCGCGGAGGCACCACCAUGAAGGAGGAGCCGCUGGGCAGCGGCAUGAACCCGGUGCGCGCCUGGAUGCACACGGCCGGCGUGGUGGACGCCAACACGGCCGCACAGAGCGGCGUGGGGCUGGCGCGGGCGCACUUCGAGAAGCAGCCGCCCUCCAACCUUCGCAAGUCCAAUUUCUUCCACUUCGUGCUGGCGCUGUACGACAGGCAGGGGCAGCCGGUGGAGAUCGAGAGGACGGCCUUCGUGGACUUCGUAGAAAAAGAGAAAGAGCCCAACAACGAGAAGACCAACAACGGCAUCCAUUACAAGCUCCAGCUGCUCUACAGCAACGGUGUGAGGACAGAACAAGACCUUUACGUGCGCCUCAUAGACUCCAUGACCAAGCAGGCCAUCGUGUAUGAGGGCCAGGACAAGAACCCGGAGAUGUGCCGUGUGCUGCUCACCCACGAGAUCAUGUGCAGCCGGUGCUGUGACAAGAAAAGCUGUGGUAACAGGAACGAGACCCCCUCGGACCCCGUGAUCAUCGACAGAUUCUUUCUAAAGUUCUUCCUCAAGUGUAAUCAGAACUGCCUGAAGAAUGCUGGCAACCCUCGGGACAUGCGGAGAUUCCAGGUGGUGGUGUCCACGACGGUCAACGUGGACGGCCACGUGCUGGCCGUGUCCGACAACAUGUUUGUCCACAACAACUCCAAGCACGGGCGCCGGGCCCGCCGCCUGGACCCGUCAGAAGGUACGGCCCCCUCCUAUCUGGAGAAUGCCACUCCUUGCAUCAAAGCCAUCAGCCCCAGUGAAGGCUGGACCACGGGGGGAGCCACGGUCAUCAUCAUCGGGGACAACUUCUUUGAUGGGCUGCAGGUGGUGUUUGGAACCAUGCUGGUGUGGAGCGAGCUGAUCACGCCCCACGCCAUCCGCGUGCAGACGCCACCGCGCCACAUCCCGGGAGUUGUGGAGGUGACCCUGUCUUACAAGUCCAAGCAGUUCUGCAAAGGUGCCCCCGGCCGCUUUGUCUAUACAGCCCUUAACGAGCCGACCAUAGACUACGGCUUCCAGAGAUUGCAGAAAGUGAUUCCCAGACACCCAGGAGACCCUGAGAGGUUACCCAAGGAGGUGUUGCUGAAGCGGGCGGCGGACCUGGUGGAAGCCUUGUACGGGAUGCCUCACAACAACCAGGAGAUCAUCUUGAAGCGGGCAGCAGACAUCGCCGAGGCCUUGUACAGUGUCCCCCGCAACCACAACCAGAUCCCCAGCCUGGCCAACACCCCUGCGCACACCAGCAUGAUGGGCGUCAAUUCCUUCAGCAGCCAGCUGGCCGUCAACGUCUCCGAGACCUCGCAGGCCAACGACCAAGUCGGCUACAGUCGUAACACAAGCAGCGUGUCCCCGCGAGGAUACGCCCCCAGCAGCACCCCCCAGCAGUCCAAUUACAACACAGUCAGCACUAGCAUGAACGGCUACGGAACGGGCGCCAUGGCCAACCUAGGGGUGCCGGGCUCCCCGGGAUUCCUCAAUGGCUCCUCCAACAACUCUCCCUACGGCAUAGUGCCGUCCAGCCCCACCAUGGCAGCUUCCUCGGUCUCCCUCCCUUCAAACUGUAGCAGCUCGCACGGCGGCAUUUUCUCAUUCUCACCUGCCAAUGUCAUCUCCGCAGUGAAACAAAAGAGCGCUUUCGCGCCCGUGGUCCGGCCCCAGGCCUCUCCUCCCCCCUCCUGCACCAGCGCCAACGGGAACGGGCUCCAAGGCUCACUGCUGGGUGUGGAGGACCUCCCGGUGGACAAGACAAACUGGCCUUUUUGUGAAGUCGGUGGCAUAUUUCACUUUGAUGAACUAAUGCUCAAAAAAGGAACUGGCAAGCUAUGUCUGGGCUGGUAGUCCCACCCAUGUGAGGCGUCUCGGCCACCUUCCGCAGCAGCACCCAGCACCCAGCACCCAAGGAUGGACUUCAGGGGACAGGCUUCGCAGCUAGGACGGGCUGGUGCUGCACACCAGAGCACCCCUGCCUGCCGGCAGACUGCUCAGAGACUCGUUCUCACUGAGCUAGUGCGCCAGCCAGCCAGCCAGCCAGCCAGCCAGCCAGCGGGCGUCUCCCCCCCGCACGAUCCCACUUUCUGGACUGAACUCGCUCAUCUGUCCACGCCCUCCGUCCCAAGGACCCCGGGGACACAGCGACGCCACUUUGUAUGAAGUCCUGGCCCGUCUUGGCUCUGUCGUGUACUUGCUGUGUGGGGGAGAAACUCCGCCAUCCCGAUCACCAGGAUAACGGCCGGCCGAGGCCUCCAGACAUUUUUCUGUACUCAUCCUUUGAUUCACAAUGGUUGUGUAUCUCUAUAAUGUGAAAUAUUUUUUUGUGGUGAAAAAAACAAAAACAAAAAGGGGGUGGGGGUGGCCAAGGAGGUCUGAGCCAUGGAGUUGAAGCCUAUUUGAUUAGGACAGGUCGGGGAGGGAGGGAGGGAGGGGUGGACCAUGCUUCAAACAGCAUCGUAAGGACAUGAACCUUUGUAACUUAUUGUAGUUAGAAAUUGUAACUUUGAUAUUGAAUUCUCUUGCCUUCAACAAGCGCACUGACCGAAAAAGCAAAGCUAUUGUCUGUUGGCUAAACUUUUCUCCCACUGCUAGAGCUUCCUGUAAACCAGUGUGGUCUGCGACAUCCCCACUUUUGCUAGUCCUGUAUACUCCUGCAUUCUUAGGCUACUGUGAGGUCCCUGUUUCUUGUACCAGAGAUUGUCUUUUUUGACUUCUAGAUCCUUCUUCCCUAAUGUGUUUUGUAUGUGGUUAUAAAAUUGUAGACUUUUGUGAUUUUGCCAAAGUUGUAGCUAAAUAUUUAUACACUUGUCUUGAAUUUUUUUCAGAUCCACUUAAAUAUUUAGGAAAAGGAAAGAAAACCACCCAAGGUUUAGCCCUUAUGUGUCCCAUAAGGUAUAAAUCCACCCCCCACGCACCUCCUUUCCCAUGAACACUAGCGGUUGCUAAGGAACUUUAUUUUGUAACAUAUCAAUUAUAAAUAUUGUAUUUAUCGUUGAGAUUUUGUACAUUGCUUUUCCUGCCAGUUCUCUUUCUUUCUCGUCUGUGUUGAUUUGGGAUCUUGGCCUGACGUUGCCACAGAGGACUGAGUGCCAGCGAGACCCAUCUCCCCUGUGUUUUGUCACCAGGAACCAGUGACCUUGAGAAGUCGUCAUUGUGUAGAUGUCCCACUUUUUUUUUUUUUCUUUUUGGUUUUUGUUUGUUUGUUUUUUGAGGAAAAGUCAGUCAUUGUUUAUUUUUAUAUUAUUUUUAAGUUAUCUGAACAAGUACUUUUGGAAAAAAAAAAAAAGUCCUUUGUAUAGUCAAAGCAGAGUGGAGUCCAGCUGGCCAAACCCUCACAGACCCCAAGCAUGUGGGACGGCCGUGGGGAUGUGAAACCGUCUGGGUCUGUGUCCUUAUUUUAUUUUUUUGUAGAAUGUAAAAAAAAAAAGUCAUUUUAGCUACCACCCAUGAUUUUUACCACAUAGCUGAGCUGUGUUUACUGGGAAAAUUCAGAGGCCUAAAGUUUAAGACUAAAACUUACUUCGGAUGUUUUAAUUAAAAGGUUUGCCACAAUAACUUCUCUGAUGCCUUAAAAGUGGAAUUCUUUACAGAACCUUUGUGCUAUUUCACCACAGGCUAUGCCUCAAUUGUGAACUUGAUAUUUCAUUUGGAGACUUAUGGUGUAACACACACACACACACACACACACACACAAGCACAAGCCUGGUGUUACCACGCCACUCUUGCCCACUUCUGCUGCCUGUCUCGGAUUCUGAGGGGUCUAGGGGAAUCCCAACCCACCGCUGGUUUUUAAAUUUUUAUAACCAUUUGCCCCCGGUGGCCAGGCCCCACGAUACCGUCCUUUUUAGAACAGAGUGACCUCGGGCCUGCUAGUGCCAAACCCACCUCUAGACCCCCCAAGGGCCGGGGUUUUCCCGUCCACAGACAUGACACAGGCUUCCCAGACAUGGCAGAAAUCCCAUUUAAGAUGGAAAGGGGGGGGGGUUUGGAGAAACUUCUCUUGACCAAAUUACUCAUAACUCACAAAGCAAUUGCACAGACUAAGGACGCCUGCCUGGCUGGGGCCCCGACCAGAGCCACAGAUGGUCCCCUGGCCGCUCACAUACCAUGCGGCCUGAGCCCAAGAAGUCACUUUGGAACUAAAUUUGCCUCCGUUUCCUUUUGUGUCAGUGAGGGAUUGCGUUUGGGGCUCGCUGGUGUGGGCCGAGGCGCCCCCCCCCCCCCCCGCAUCAUCUGUGUCUAGGGUUAGUUCCCACACUGCUCCCCGGCUCCCUGAGGGGCCUGUCACGCAACCGUAGACUGUACGUUAAAGACCCUACAAUAAGAUUGUUUUAUCUGUACAUUUUUUCAGAUAUUUAACUGUAUAAAAUGUUCAUUUUACACAAUAUUUAAUUAAAGUAUUUCUCGUCUGUGAGUUUCA